AUGGCAACGAAAACGAGAGGAGCGGUCAACGCCGCCCAUACCGCAGGAAUAUUCGCCGACAAGACCCUCGAUGGCCCGGAGAUUGGCACCUUGGUCGCCGUUGUUGACAGAGCAAAGAACCUCCCCAACAGAAAGACCAUGGGAAAGCAGAACCCCUACUGUGCAAUGAGACUGGGUAAAGAAGCAAGGAAGACGGACACCGACAAGAGAGGUGGUCAAACACCAAGAUGGGAUCAAGAACUCAGAUUCGUCGUUCAAGAGUCCCCGGACUAUCAUAAGCUCAAAUGCUCGGUAUUCAACGAUGACAAAAAGACAGACCUAAUCGGGGACGCAUGGAUUGAUCUUCAAGAAGUCGUUGUGCCUGGUGGCGGCCAGAACGACCUCUGGCAUCAACUGAACUUCAAAGGCAAAUACGCAGGAGAUAUACGGAUCGAGUUAACCUUCUACGACUCACGACCGAAGCCAGAUGCCUUGCCUGACAAGAAGAAGCAAAGAGAAAAAUCCCAUUCCACAGCAAGUGAUGUCACCACUAGUACAGUUGCUGGUCCACGGCAACUUGGCCCUCGAGAAAUCAAGAGACGACCUUUACCGCCUGGGCCUGGAGGGCGCUCCUCACCUGCCUCUCCUCUCAAUAUCCCAGAUCAACGCCCUCUAUCUUCAAUGCAACCAGACUUCGAACCCGAUGCCUGGAUAAAUCGACAACAAAACAACACCAAUCCUCCACCACGGCCACCGAAGCAUCCCAUCAUGCCCGAAACCCCGGACGAUGUUGGCUAUGAUUUUGUUCCAGACUAUCCUCAAGACCAAUAUGAUUUGAUGCCUUCAGCUAUGAAUCGCUCUUAUGAUCAGAGAUCUUCAUCAUUCGACGAUGAACACAUAGGCCAAAGUCAACGACUUGACGAAAGAAAUUCACCCCAAGACUACUACGAUGGCUACAGCUCUGAUCAGUAUAAUAUAGACACACGUCAGCAAACUCAAUCUAUGCAGGAACAACGACCAAACUCAAGUCACUGGGGGAGUCGCACACGAGGCCAAUCCGCAGCGAGCACUCCCAGUCGCCCAUUACAACCAGUCGCCAGUUCUUCACCCUAUCAAGCAACAUCGCCCAGUCAGCCUCUUCAAACUCUACCUAAUAUGCCUGUACAACAACACUCGACGUGGCAGAGUCGCGGAAGUCCUUCGCCAACCAAACAUUCUGUUUACAGAGAUAGCCCAUUGCGACAAUCUAUCAGUCAACACGAGAUGCCAUCUCAUCCUCACAAUUAUGUCCAGCAAUUUGACGAUGAUGAGCCUCCUCCACCUCCUCCAGCUCAUGGCAGUCAGCUUGUGCGCAUGCCCAUGCCCUCUGUUGCUAAUCAGAAUGGAUACGGGACACCAAUGCGAACAUCGAUUAACCAACCCUCGGUAGAAGAGCGAAGCCCUCUACAGAAGCUAGAAUAUACACCCUAUCAGGGACCAUCACCAUCAGCUCAAGAUCUGGAUAACCAGUAUUCACCCGCUCACUCCAACGAAUUCGCUGCUGGCAGUGACUAUGAACCCUACCGUGAUCGUUCAACCGAUAGGCGGAACUCUUACAACGACACUCUUGACGAUUUCCAGCCCAGACCGAGUCCUAAUGGUGUGCUUCGGUAUGGUCAAGAGAAUAUCCAUCCCCAACGAUAUAGUGCAAGCCCACAGGACGAGUUCAGACACUCCGCAGGCUACGGACGGCAAGAUAAUAACGGACACGGGAAUAGCUACGGCCCCCCUCGAAGAGCUCAAACCUUUGAUGACUUCGCGGGCGGUGAAGAAAAGCAAAUCAGCAGGUCGGAGCCUUUGGUCGUUCGACCACGGGCUGUCAGUCCCAACCCUGCUCACAAAAUCCCGCGAAAGUCCAUAACACCAACUCCCACUACCCCCGAAGGACGGAAUAGCAUGACGAGCACACCUUUCGGACCAGACUCUUAUGAUAUCCUGAACCCGGGUCCAAGCCCAGUUGAAAUUGAUCCAUUUGCAACUCCGGAGCAAGCGCAGGCAGCCGCACGACAGAGAGAUCUCGACAAGAACAGGGAUCUGGGUCCUAUCAUUGGCAACGACGGAAGAAUUAUUGACCCCUCGGAUCAUUUGCCAGCCGAUACUUGGGCUCCCGAACCUGAUAGGAAGAAUCGGAAACCAGAACAUGUCAUUCGGAUUCGGACCAGGGAGGAGGCGCGAAUGCACAAUCGUGGCGGAUCAUCGCCUUCUUCGGCUAGGCCACAUUCCAUCGCCACAUCCCCCUAUCAGCCCUCUCCUGAAUUUACGCAGCCAUCUCCAAGCCAGUACGCGCCGGCAAUUCCUCCUAAACUUCCACCUUCACCACAAGCUGAAUCACCUAGUGGACGAAAUCGGCUCAAGAAAUCCAUGCCCAAUCGCCCACCACCAUCCAACCCGUAUCCUCAUGCACACACCAGCCCUGCUGUGAUGACUGUCAGUUCGCCUGUGGAGAGGCCAAGCCCAACAACUCAAAGAUAUUCGAUCGGAUCAUCGCCACCUCAUGGUCAUGUCCAACGACCGCCUUUGGCCGAAUACCAAAUCCCUGCCGGGAAUACCUAUCAUGUUCGUGGUGGUUCUGGCUCUGGUUCCACCCGCCCUGAUUAUUCAUUCUCCCAUUCUCCCACAAAGUCCUCUUACCCACCUCCACCAAGUGUGGCAGACUAUUCGGGGUAUGGUCCUGAUGAGUCGCUCGCACUGGAGCUCAGUACGAUAGAUAUAGGCCCAUCCAGAGGCCCGCGGACUGCAGUGCGGUCGGGUCGUGGCUAUGGCGGUUAUUAG